GUGACAUGGUGUCAUAGGGUUUAGUGUUCCUGCUGCUUUAUUAUACCAAAUCAGUUAAGAUACUUAACAAAGCGUAUUUUGCUCGAGAAACAGACUCCUACUUCAAGUUUAUUCACACCAUUGGCUUCUUCACACUUGAGAAAAAAACAAAGCCUUAGUUUUCCAAAAUGUCAAAAGAUUUGAGAAAUGUUUACAUUGCCUUUGAGGUCGUCAUUGCAGUGCUUGCUAUCCUGGGCAAUGUCCUGGUUAUCUGGGUGCUGAAACUAAACCAGGGGUUUCAGAAGACCAUCUUCUACUUCAUCAUCUCACUGGCAGUAGCUGAUAUUGCUGUUGGGCUUGUUAUGCCAGCAACCAUCGUGGUGGCCUUAGAAUUGGAGAUGCCAUACAAAACCUGUCUAUUCAUGUGCUGCUUGCCUGUGACUUUCACUCAAGCCUCCAUCAUGUCUUUGCUGGCCAUAGCAAUUGACAGAUAUCUCAGAGUAAGACUACUCGUCAGGUAUAAAUUGAUAACCACUGAGAGAAGAAUCCGUGUGGCUUUGGGAACAGUUUGGCUCUUGUCACUGCUAGUAGGAUUUACUCCCAUGUUUGGCUGGAGAAACGAAAUACCAAAAAACACAAGCAACGUGGCGUGUCUUUUCACCAAUGUUAUGAAAAUGGAAUACCUGGUGUACCUCAGCUUCUUCACUGGCACUCUCGGUCCGCUGGUUGUCAUGUGUGUCCUUUACACUAGGCUUUUCUAUAUUAUCCGAUCAAAGCUAUGUUCAUGCAAUGGAAGAAGGCACAGUGUAUUUUACAAACACGAAUUUAAGACAGCCAAAUCUUUGACCCUGGUCUUCUUUUUCUUUGCCAUCUGUUGGUUGCCAAUGUGUAUUCUGAAUUGCUUCACGCUUUUCUCCAGUCUCCAGAUUCCACCAUAUGUGGUUUAUAUGGCUAUUGUACUCUCGCACUCCAAUUCAGUUAUGAAUCCCAUUAUCUAUGCUUUCAGAAUAAAGAAGUUCCGGAAAACUUGCAUCCAGAUUUUUAGAACCUAUUUUCCAAAAAUGGACACAGAACAGGAUACAUCCAAUGGACAUACUUCAUCUGACCCAUUUUAUAUUAUAUGCUGACAAGAUGCUUACCAAGGGCUCACAAAAAGGCCUCAAGCCUGCUGCAUGCAAAUCUAUAUUCAAUUGGAGAUGCCUAGCACUGACUUACAAUCCUUCUGCCCUGAGUUAAGAGUCUCUCCGACACACCACAGAAGUACCGAUAACCAGGACCUGAAUGAGAAUUGCACAUUUCAAGAAAAACCCAAAAUUUUAAUGAUCUUUAUUAACCUAACCGCUUUGCUUUCUCUCACUUCUUGGUUGUUUCCUUAGUUGAAUUGAAUUG